CUAGACAUAUUUGUAGAUAUUAAAGACAAAGAAAAGGCUUCUGAAUGGUUUUUAGAAUUUGAAUUUUGGACAAAAACUAUACCAGAAACUAGAUAUUAUCCAAUUAAAGAGAAGCAAAUGCUUUUUUGUAAAUUAAGACAUUAUAUACAUAGUGGUUUAGUCAAACAAAAACAAGAGAACAGAGAAAUAAAACACAUACAAUCAUCUUGUACACAAAAUACAAACUACAUAGCAACUAUUUAUCUUUGA